AUGGCGACCGACACCAACCCCGAGGAGUACUCCCUCCUCGACAAGUUCGCGGGCCAGCUCUCGCGCCACCUGUUCUUCCACCUCCUCGACUUCGAGGCCGGCAAGGCCGCCGACGCCGGCGACGAGCAGAAGGAGCGCGAGGUUCUCGAGGCCAAGAUCAAGCUCCUCGAGGGCACCAACAUGAGCGACUACGUCGCCAGCCUGUACUCACAGCUGCACGGGACGGACCCGCCCGAGAAGUACGCGAAGCAGAGGCAGGCCGUACUGCAGCAGAUGGAGAAGUUUGUGCAGGAUACGGCUAGGCUUUCGGAGUUGCUUAUUACGGAUGAGGUUGUGAAUCAUUUGAGGAGUGAUAAGGUUGCUAACUUGGCCUUCCUCGAGAAGGAGCAUGGUGUCACUAUCGACAUGGUCAACGCGCUCUACGACUUUGGCCAGUUCCAGUUCCGAUGCGGUGACUACCAAUCCGCGGCCGACCUCCUAUACAAGUUCCGAGUCCUCUCGACCGACAACGACAAAGUCACCAACGCUACGUGGGGCAAGCUCGCCUCCGACAUCCUGACAGCCAACUGGGACUCCGCCGUUGAGGAGCUCAUGAAGGUCAAGGAGAGCAUCGACACCAAGCUCUUCAACAAUCCCCGCGCGCAGCUCGACCAGCGCACCAUGCUCAUCCACUGGGCCCUCUUCCCCCUCUUCAACCACGAGGCCGCGCGGGAUCCCAUCCUCGACCUGUUCCUGUCUGCCAACUACAUCAACACCAUCCAGAUCAACUGCCCCUGGAUCCUCCGCUACCUGGCCGUCGCCAUCAUCACGGGCCGCGGCCGCACCCGCAACUCCUCUGUCCACCAGAAGCAGAUCAAGGACCUAGUCCGCUACAUCCGCCAGGAAGAAUACGAGUACCACGACCCCAUAACCGAGUUCGUCUCCUCCCUCUACAUCUCGUUCCAGUUCGACGAGGCCCCCACCGCCCUCGCCAAGGCCGAGCAGCUCUGCCGCAACGACCUCUUCCUCGCCGAGUCGACCGACGUCUUCGUCGACGCCGCCCGCCACCUCAUCUGCGAGAGCUACUGCAAGAUCUGCUGCAAGUUCUACAUCCGCGACCUCUCCGAGAAGCUCGGCCUCAACCCGGACGACGGCGAGAAGUGGAUCGUCAACCUUAUCCGCGACACGCGCCUCGAUGCUAAGAUCGAUGCCCAGCAGGGCGUCGUGACGAUAAACCACCCGCCUAGCAAUGUGCAUCAGCAGGUCGUUGAGAAGACGAAGGGAGUCUUCUUUAGGACUACUGUUAUGUCCUCUGCCGUGUCUAAAUAG